GCGAUCUACAAGUACCCGUGCCAUUCUUCCGACGAAGCUCAAAGAAUCAACUCCCUGUCGGGACUCAUAUCCGUGAGGGUACUCUGCUACCGAGUAACAUAUGUGCGUCUUUAAAUGUCACUUGGACGACCCCUAUCAGCACCAUAAGGCUGACCCGCUUUUCGAGGCCAUUUUUUCGAUGCCAUAUACACCUACAAAAAUGGGUAUUACGAGCAGCUUAUCCGUACCGGUUUUCAACUACCAGGAUCCUCGACUAGCUUCGCGCCUUGAAGAGUUCUACCAUAACCGAGCCGGUUUGGUUUCCCUUGUCACCCGUUUGAGACGAUAGCGACGGGAAGUCACCGUCUUUUUUUUGCCCAUCUCGCAACAUCGGCGAUUGCAUACAGUACUGCCUCUACUGAUAUGGAUCUCGAUUCAUCCCAUGCCGCUGCACACAAUGAAUCCGAACGGAUACGAAGUCCCCGCCCGCAUGGGUUCGCAUGCGACACGUGUCGACGUCGGCGCGUGAAAUGCGAUGGCCAACAGCCCUGCGAGCGUUGUCUCAAAAGCAGUGUCCAGUGCACUUACGGUAGUCGUUUUAAUCGUAAAUCGACUCUCUCGUACACGCGUCAUCUCGAAGAGCAGAUUUCUGUAUUACAGAGUCAGUCACAAGGCCAACCGCAGUCCAGCUCAGGUGAAGUCCCCGUCCCCCGUUUUUUUGAUCUGCAAAACAAUGCCAGUCCCGCAAGUGGUAGCAGUUGCGACUGACCUUUGAGAAUCAAAAAUGCUUCAGCACAAGAGCAUCAUAGUAUCGAUAUGCUUAUCGGACCGGAAGAUGACUACUACGUUCAUUUGCCCAAUGUAUCUUCGACCAUCUUUUAUGGCCGGUUCGGGGGCCUGAGCGUUCUCCGAUCCCUGGGACGAUCGCUGCUGUGGGAAGUUCAGCCAUCACCGACCUCGUCGUCGCCUGGUAGGGAACUUGUCGAGGCUUUCCAUGACCUUACACUAGGUCCUCACAAGCUCUCGGGAGAAAGUUAUAGACGCGUCGCGACCUGUCUGCCCUCCAAGGACCAGGUGAGAGCGGACAUUUCCCUGGCGUGUAGGACAGCCCUCAUCUGCCACGAUUGCUUGGAUCACGCACUUUUGUCCCGGCAACUCGACAACUUGUAUGACACGGAUCCCGAGGACUACUCCAAUGCCCAGCAACAGUCCCUGGCGUUGGUCUAUUCCUUGGUGGCACUUGGCCGGCGAUACUCAACGACGCCGAGCGGGAUCGAAAGCCAUCAGGCAACAGACGCCACCAAUCCAAAAGGUUUCACGUAUUUCCAAUCCAGUCGCAGAAUGGUCCAGAGUGCGGACUUCUACACUCUCGACUCCUUGCGAGCCAUUGUCUACCACGCGCGAUACCUUUUGUCGGUAUCCAUGAUAUCCAAGGCACACUCGUGUUUGGCGACAGGUCUUUCCGCCGCGUUCUGCAUGGGCAUGCACAUCUCCAACCCAAGACCAGAAGACGUUCCGGUUGACGAAGCCUUGCAACGGCGUCGGGUCUUCGCCGUCAUGGAUAUGAUGGACACGUACCUGGCCAGCUUACUGGGAUUGCCCAAGGUUGUGAGAAGUGAGACGGAUGUGAAGCCUACACCAUCGAUUUUGGAAGAAGAAGAAGAAGAUGAUGAUGAUGAUGAAGACGAGGUCCUGCCCGACUUGGGAGGUGACGGGUUUCCUCUACGCCAUCCUGCCGAAUCCAUCGCCGAGACUGUCCUGUGUCAGAAACUCAAUGGCAUCCUGGCCAGGAUAGGGAAUUCGCGACUUCUGUCGGCGACGUCUCGAAACGACGACACCAGCCAGAAAUACACGGAACGUGACGACGUCGUCGCCAUGCACGAGGCCGAGAUCCAAGACUGGUACGACCGCCUCCCGGCCGUGAUGGAGGAGACGUCCGAGCCCGAGCCCGGCGCCCUCCGGGCCCAACUCAUGCUGAGGCUGUGGCACGCCGUGGCCCAGAUCAUCCUCUACCGGCCGUUCCUGCACCAUUUGGGCCGCGACGGGCAGGACUCGAGGUUCGACCUGCGCGGGUACGAGUACGGGUCGGCCUGCAUCCGUUCCGCCAUGCAGGCCAUCUACCUGUGCGAGGUGCUCCAAAACAACGGCAUGCUUCACGAACCUUUUUAUCUCGUGCUGUACAGCCUCGCGUACGCCACCAACAUACUGGCCUUUUUCAUCGCGUCCCCUUCCCCGAAAAAGGCCACGGUGCGGGAGAGCGUCGUGGCGGUCUGGAAGGCCCGCGACAUGCUGGACCGGCUCGGCAGGCACAACAACCCUUCGGCCAGACGGUACACAGCCCUGUUGACGGGAUUGCUGGCUCACAUGCCUUCCUUGCAACAAGAGUAGAACCCUGACACGUCCGUGCCAGUGCCCCAGAGGCGCUUGAUCUUUCUAGCUUGUGGUUUGUUUCUUGAACCCCCCCCCAAAAUAGGAUUCGGUUGAAUUGUGGAAGAUCAUCGAGCAGGCAAUUUUCUGUGCUCACUCUUCGUAGGAAGUAUGUACAACAUGAGUGAAUACAUGGCUCACCAGUCCAUGAUGCUUUACUUUUACAUAGGUCUGCUUGACUACCUGAUUGCGUGCGCUGCUUGCUCGUCGAUUUACCAUCCACCACCUCCACCACCCUUCCCACCAAAUCCACCGCUCUCGUCACUGGCCGUGAUACCCUUCUUACCACCACCGCCACCACCAUGACCACCGCGCUGACUCUUUUGCUGCGCCGCUUCAUGCUUCCUGAGAUCCUCCGGCACUCUGGAUAUGCUACUCUUCAUGAGCAUCUGCUUGAGGUCAUACAGUACGUCGUUGUCUUCAUUGCCCAGGAACGUGAUGGCGACACCACUCUUGCCCGCACGACCGGUACGACCGAUACGAUGGGUGUAGGACUCGAUGUUGGUGGCCAUGUUGAAAUUGACGACAAGACUGACGUCGGGCACGUCGAUACCACGACCCGCGAGAUCAGUGGCGACAAGGACAUCCGUCUUGCCGUCACGGACAGACUGCAAUGCAGCCUCACGCUGCUCUUGCGUCUUGGAACCGUGUAAUGUGACGGAGCUGAAGCCCAUGGUCUUGAUGUCCCUGGCGACGGCGUCGCAGUUGCGCUUGAUGUUGACAAAGACGAUGAUUGGAGGCCUGAAUUCGCCAGACCGGAGGAUCUCAUUGAGUCGUUUCUUCCGCUUGUCUUCGCCCGACACAAAUUCGACCCGCUGUUCCACCGUGUCGACCGCCUCGCC